AUGCCGCCGCCGCUGCCGCUGCCGUGUUCCUCCGUGGUGGCAGAGCCAAUGGACGCUGAGGCUGACGUCACGCCGCUGCCGCCGCCGCCGCCGCCGCCGCCGCCGCCGCCGCCGUCGCCCAUGGAGGUCGUUGCUCCGCCUUCUCAUCCGAGCAUACCCAGUAGCGGUGCGCGGCCUGGGCAGGUUAUCCACGGGGCGUUUUCCUCGCCCCCUCGGGAGCAAUUCGGGGUCGCGGGUGGACAGCGCGCCCCGGCAGUUCCACUGUCCGCCCCCUCAGCUGCGCCGCCUCAGGGUCCCUCCACCCGCUGUCGGAAGCCAUACUCAGCGACGGUGACAUCAGAUCACCACGAUCAAGAAUCUGUUGGCCUGUUAAUACCAUUGGCAACACCUGCAGUUGUUUCAACAGCAGUGAAUGAAGAGGGCAUGCAGCUCCAAAAAUUUGCUCAGGGACGACACAAAACGACGUCUGAGGCAGACAAAUACGAGGUGGUGGAAGUAGAGACCAAGCAAGCAUUAAAUGUGGAGCGCAACAAACACAUUGCGGAACGUACCAGCUCUACCUCCGGUACAUUUCCAGCAGAAACUGGGUCCAGUCCAAGACCCCGACAGUUGUCAGGAUUGUACGGAGCAGGGCCCAGUGAGGAGAAUCUGUUCACGCCAGAGAGCUUGAAGAAAACUUUACUCAUUGGACCAGUGGUGUGCGGAUCCAUUCAGCAGCAGAGGGCGCUCAUCAAACGGCACUUCUGCUGCGUCAUGGACGGUCGAUGGCACACAACCUUCGAAUCUGGCCGAGACUUCGAUGGAAGACGGGAGACGGCAGCCUCUGCAAGCUGA